CGGAGGCUGUGGCGGCGGUGGGUGGCUGAGGGAGACCACUGUGGCAGGGGAGAAGGCGAGGAGAGACGAGGAGGGGGGGAAGCUGGUGAAACCGCCAAUAUUCAUGAAGAAGGCGAGUGGGGUGUGUGAGUGUGUGUGUGUGCGUGUGUGUGUGCGUGUGUGUUUUGUUUGUUUUUUCCUCCUUGCACGGUGACACACCGCUAGUCUGCAGAGAGACAGGAGCGGAAGGAGACGAGUGAGCGCAAGAUGAGGCCCAGCCCAUCUUGCCAUUGAUCUUGAGGCGACCAAGGGAGCCCACACCGAGAGGACACGCAGAUGGAUCCCAGCAGGUCGAGGCCGGACCCAGCUGUGCUCAUCACUUCCACCUAUGCAGCGCUUGGACGCAGACGGAAGAACUGAACUUCAGAUUCUCUCCAGAGUUUGGAUUUAGUUUUGAUGGAAAAGCGCUUUCGUGUGGGAUUGGAUUUUUGGAGACAUGGACGAUGCUCCAGGUCGGAUAAAUGCCUCUGAAAGGAUCAUGAUCUCUGGUUGGAAUACUCCCUCUGGUCAAUCGGCACCGGCAACAUAACCUGGAGCCUCAGCGGGAACAUUCAUGCUCCUUCAUUAUUCUUGGCGCCCAGUUUCCACCAUCUGAAGACUGAGGCGUGGACGCGGCUGGAGUGAGGUGGUUGCUGGAGGAGUCAGCGCCAAUGGGGGCCGGCUGUGACCCGGUCUGACCCCGGUUUGACCUUGCAGUGACCUUUGACCUCUCCGGUCCUGGCUCUCCACCUGCUCUGCUGCCUGGGUUCGGGAACGCUCCGCCCUGGGGCCCAGAACGAGCCAAUCAGAAUGAAGAAGAGCCGCAGUGUGCUGUCGGUGACUGGAGAAGAGGGUAACGACACUGAUAUAACAGGUGCUGGGGAGAAGGCGGAGUCGUCGCGCUACAGCCGCUCCUAUACGUCCGGGGCCACGCUGGGGGCGGAGCUACGGAGGGGGCGGAGCAGAAGGCUCUCGUCAAGUCUCCAGGUUCCGUGCUGGCUUCGCCCUCGAGAUCGCACUCGAUCGCCGGAGGUCCUCAGCAACGUGUCCCGUCCAACGACCCUCCCCCUCCGCAUCCCACCGCGCAUCUCCAUCACACAGGCAGAUUCUGACAGCUAUGAAGCAGAGAACGGCGUGUCGCCCGCUCACACCCCUCUGGGCUCCCAGAGUCCCAGCCUCACCCUGCACACGGCCUUCCCCCAGGGCCAGCGGCGGGAGUCCUUCCUCUACCGCUCCGACUCCGACUACGACAUGUCGCCAAAGACCGUCUCGCGUAACUCGUCCCUCGCCAGCGAAGGGCACACAGCAGAGGACUUCAUUGUCACACCUUUUGCUCAAGUUCUGGCCAGUCUGAGGUCGGUGCGGAGCAACUUCACCAUCCUCGCCAACGUCGCCACGCCGACGGUCAAGAGGUCUCCCAUGGGCGGCGUGUGCGUCAGCCCCAGGGCGGCGCUGUCGGAGCAGCAGUACCAGCAGCUGGCCCUGGACACGCUGGAGGAGCUGGACUGGUGCUUGGACCAACUGGAGACCAUCCAGACUCAUCGCUCAGUCAGCGAAAUGGCCUCCAACAAGUUUAAAAGGAUGCUGAACAGAGAGCUGUCCCACCUGUCAGAGAUGAGUCGCUCCGGCAACCAGGUGUCUGAAUACAUCUCCAGCACCUUCCUGGACAAGCAGAACGAGGUCGAGAUCCCGUCUCCCACCCUGAAAGACAAACCCAUGAGUCACAUCAGCGGCGUGCGGAAGCUGUCCCACAGCUCCAGCCUCUCCAGCUCCUCGGUGCCUCGCUUCGGCGUCAACACCGACCACGAGGACGAACUCGCCAAGGAGUUGGAGGAUCUGGACAAGUGGAGUUUCAACAUAUUCAGAGUAGCUGAUUUUGCCAACAGCCGGCCGCUCAGCUGCAUCAUGUACGCCAUCUUCCAGGAGCGAGAGCUGUUGAAGACGUUUCGCAUCCCAGUCGACACCUUUGUCACUUAUGUAAUGACCCUGGAGGACCAUUACCAUGGAAACGUAGCGUAUCACAACAGUCUCCAUGCUGCAGACGUCACGCAGUCCACACACGUCCUCCUCUCCACACCUGCUCUUGACGCCGUCUUCACUGACCUGGAGAUCCUCGCUGCUCUGUUUGCUGCCGCCAUCCACGAUGUGGACCACCCUGGAGUUUCCAAUCAGUUCCUCAUCAACACCAACUCGGAGCUGGCCCUCAUGUACAACGACGAGUCCGUUCUGGAGAACCAUCACCUCGCCGUGGGCUUCAAGCUUCUGCACCAGGAAAACUGUGACAUUUUCCAGAACCUCACAAAGAGGCAGCGCCAGAGCCUGCGCAAGCUCGUCAUCGAUAUGGUGUUGGCCACAGACAUGUCCAAACACAUGACGCUGUUGGCUGAUCUGAAGACAAUGGUAGAGACCAAAAAAGUGACCAGUUCCGGCGUGCUGCUCCUGGACCACUACACCGAGCGAAUACAGGUGCUGAAGAACAUGGUGCACUGUGCAGACCUGAGCAACCCCACGAAGCCGUUACCGCUGUACAGGCAGUGGACGGAGCGGAUCAUGGAGGAAUUCUUCCGACAGGGCGACAAGGAGCGUGAGAGGGGGAUGGAGAUCAGCGCCAUGUGUGACAAACACACCGCAUCUGUGGAGAAGAGUCAGGUGGGUUUUAUCGACUACAUCGUCCACCCACUGUGGGAGACGUGGGCCGACCUGGUUCACCCCGACGCCCAGGAGCUGCUGGACACGCUGGAGGAGAACAGGGAGUGGUACCUGAACACCAUGCCCCAGUCGCCCUCGCCUCCGCCCGACAGACACCUGCAGCACGACCGCUUCCAGUUCGAGAUCACCCUGGAGGAUCUGGAGCACAACAACCACAACCACAUCCACCUGAGGAGCAGCGGCGGAGGACGGAGCGGGAGGAGCGGGCGGACAGCCGCGUGUGACGGCAGCAGUGAGGACAGGACGCAGGAAGGCGAGGUGGAGCAAAACGGCGACGAGCAGAACCACGCCGAAACUGAGAAAGAGGAUGAGGAGAAUCACAACAGUGAACACAACGGGGUCCAAGGAGAAGAGGAGGAGAUGACUGGAGAAAAGGAGGGAGAAGAAGAAGAGGAGGUGCCCACGGUCGCAGGAGAGGAGCCCGAAGAAGACGAAGGAGGGCAGGAAGAUGAGACAGAACAAGAGGAAGGAAAUGAAGCAGCGGAAGACGAGGCGACGACGGAACGGGAUGCUGGAAAUGAGCAAACUCAAGAAAAAGAGGAUGAAGACGAUAAGGAGGGAAAAGGGGAGGAAGAAGAGGAAAAACUGGAAAUAGAUGAGGACGAAGGAGAACUGGGUGGUGAAAAUGCUAUUGAGGAGGAAGAAGACAUUAAACCUGAGGAGGGCGAAGUGGAAGAAAAUGGAGAAGAGGAGGAGCAAGACAUGGAGGAGAACGUAGAGGAGGAGGAGGCUGAACCGGAGGAGAAAGUGGAAGACGAAGAGGGAGAAAGCGACAAUAAGUGUGAAGAAGAGGCGGAACCCGAGGAGCUGGAGGAGGAGGCACCGGUGGAGGAGGAGGAGGAGAGUUAGCUGCGUGUACGAUCACACAUUUCCAGGGUCAUUCAGACGAGCGGCAGCAGCGUGUCCGUGCUCUGCCACAAAACAUGAACCCUCUGCUGAACGUGUGCUCAGAUGUCAUUAAUGUCACAGCUCACAGACAAACAGAAGCGCCGGGCGAGCGCCUCCUGGGAAGAGCCAGACAGAGCAUCGUGAUCCACUGGUAGCGACCGGAGGAGUGAGUCUCUGUACAUCCAUCACUGCCGUAGGGGACAAUAAACACGGGAGGAAUCUGUCUGAUCGACCUUUGUAGCUCCUGACAAUUUAAAAAAAAUCUGAAUACAUGCAAAUAAGUGUGUGCCUGUUCUAAACCCAUGAAUUAUUCUGCAUCGUCUCGCAGUCGCCGUCUGUAGCAUCUCACAGUGACCGUCCACUCCAGAAACACUGAUUAAGGGACGUCGACUUUGUUUGUCAGAAACGUGAAAAAAAGUCUGUCUGGAAAGUGCAGUCUGUCGUCUUCUAUCUACUACACAAACUUUCUGCUUGCGAGCAGGAUGCUGAGCUUCAGCACUGAGCCGUGAUCCGUUCAGCUCCUUCACGUUCACACCCGGACUGGUUCCGUAAUGUGGAAAUCUGACUUCUUGUACAUGUCGGUGUUGGUUCGUGUUAAAAAGAGAAAACAAUAUUCAUCCCAUCUAAAGGGUUGCACCACCUCUUCCAGACUGUGACUCUGAUUCCCAGGUGAAUCGUGCCAAACUGUCCCACGACCAGCACUGAGCAAUUCAGCCUUCCUCCAAAAUGAAGCAAUGAACUGUGGGACGAGGCCAACGGGUGUGAUGGUCUUCCAGAAUCCAGUUUUUCUCAUUUUAUUUUUUUUAGUUUUGUAAAAAUUGUCUUUGGCACUUUAUCUAACUCCCCUGUUACAUAUAUGUACAUAAUAAACAUGUAUUUUAAUCUGCUGAUGUCAUAUAAUAAAUAUGAUCAAUGAA